AUGGAGCUCUGUGAGGCGCUGUCGUUCUGCGCGGAGGACGCCGGCGGGUACUUCCCCACGGAGGCAGCCGCGCGGGCGCUGGUGCGGCGGGCCGGCGGCGGCGGCGAUGGCACGGGGGCUACCCCGGACGUGAUUCUGCUGUCCGUGCGCGCCAUCACGUACCUCUGCGACGCCAUGCCGCGCGCCGGGGACGCCGUUGUCCGCCACGGCCUCCUCCCCGUGCUCUGCUCCCGGCUGCUAGCCAUCGAGUACCUCGAUGUAGCUGAGCAGUGCUUGCAAGCUUUUGAGAAGAUAUCACGGCGGCAGCCUACCCAGUGCUUGCAGGCGGGCAUGAUCAACGCUGUGCUGGCAAUCCUGGCAUACAUUGACUUCUUCGCUGCAAGCAUUAAGAGGGUUGCAGUGUCAGCUGUCGCAAAUGCCUGCAAGAAGGUCCCGGCAGAUUGCUCCCAGUUUGUUCUGGAUUCGGUCCCAACUCUCUGUAAUCUUCUGCAAUCUGAGGACAAAAUGAUAGUGGAGAAGGUUGCAGCUUGCUUGAUAAGCAUCGUGGACUCCUUUAGCACUUCAGUUGAUCUUGUGGACCAGCUCUGUCACCAGGGUGUUAUAGAGAAGGUCCUACCUUUGAUCCACACUGGUGGACUCAUGGCCCUUAGCCCAUCGACACGCAGUAAUCUGAUUGGGCUUCUUGCUAAGCUAGCCUGUACUUCACUUGUGGCAGUGAAGUCUCUAUUUGAGCUGGGUGUUAGUAGCACAAUAAAGGGGAUUUUGAUCACUUCAGACAUCUCCCAUGGCAUGCCAUACUUGCCUCUGGAAAAACAAAACAAUCAGGUUGGCCUUUUCACAUCUUUACUUCUAGCCAAGUAG